AUGGGUAGCAGAGCAGAGUUGAAAAUUGUAUUCACUGAGGUCUGCAAGUUCCUUACGCAAAAUGAUUUAGUUAAUCUUGCAAGAACAAGCAAGUGGUUCUGUAAAGAGGUUGCACUUCCAAGUCUUUAUAAUACAAUUGUAAUAUGCAAAGAUCCUGUGUUGAGGGAUGAUAGAUGGGCAUUAGAUAGCGGCAGGACUUAUUUGAGCGGGUACAGGGCUAUCAAGAAGACUGCGGACCAAAAUGAUUUAAUGAUUUACGACAGGAUCGAGCGGUUACUGGAGUCGUCCCACUUGGUAGAGAUAAAGACGUUGGUAAUCCAGAAAAACAACUUUGCUGAUGUUUUUUCUGGACGCAAGUUACUACAACGGCUGAUUGACAAGCUACUAGAACUUGAUAGAGUUGAGAAUUUUUGUAUUUGCGAUGAUAUGCUUUUUCAAACGAACUAUCAGAGACUUCUAAAGCUGUCGAAUUUAAGCAGUGUGAGAAUUGUGAAUCUUGAAGAUUUAAAUAUAUUAACAGAAAGCUGCGUCAAAUCUCUCAAGUCGCUACAACUGGUACUCACUACAAGUUCAUUUAAAGCAGAUUGUUUAUGUGAUCGAGUUAAAACGAAGUUAUUGCCCAAUAUAGAGGAGCUCUUUAUUGAUGAUAUUGAGUUUUCUGGAUUACGUUUGUUCCAAUAUUUACAAUCGGAAAGCAUUUCUUUGGGUGGCCUUCGGUCUUUAAAGUUCAGUCAUGUACAUGGCCUGCAUGACUACAACAAGAUACUUCGAGAGUUAACAUCAGUUUACUUGAGCGAUGUUGUUCCUUUGAAUAAGCUUCUACGCCUGGAGUUGGAGUUUUCUUGUGAGAUGUCUCACUGUGAUUGCGCAGAUAACUUUGUAAUGGAUCUAGCAGCCCGUUUGCCAUCAUUGAAAGAACUGGGGUUGAUUGAACGAACUUUUGCAACUUUGGGCAGUCAUAGUACUGAAGAAAAAUGGGAUCUAUGGGCCUGCAAGUUUAUUCUGCAUAUUCCUCAAGUUUCUGAUAAUCUACGCAAGUUGAGCAUCCGCCACAAUACACCGCUUAAUGGUAUUAUCACUGAUGCUGUGGAGGGGAAUUAUCUCAGGCGGAGAACUUUGUAUGCACACACCCUGCCAAAACUUCAUUCACUAACCACUCUAAUUGCUCCUUCAGUGUUACAGUCUUUAUCUGCAUACGAAAUCCUGGUGUGUGACUUACUGUGGAAUGGAUGCGACUGCAUAUUCUGUUCAAAUGUCAUGGAUGUUUUCGAUCGAUAUCUCAUGAACCAUCAAUUUUAUUGUACCAAAUCAGGUAUGUACAAAGAUCUAAUUCCAACUGUACUUUUUGCUUACGCUGGUGAUGCCAUGUCUCAAAGGAUUGUCUCGGAAGUUGACUGGACUAUCAAAUUAUUUUCUUUGGCUCCAAUAUCACAUACAUGGAAUAUGCAUGGUUACGAACAACUCAACCAUUUUCAUGAUUUCGAGUGUUUAUAUGAUGAAUCGGUAUACCUUCAUUUAGUGACAGUAAUAUCACAUUUUUUAAACGGUUAUAUGGACAAUUUGGUGAAGAUUUUACCGUCGUUGAGAAGAUGUCUUCUUUCUGGGGUAUACUAUCUCUGUGAUGCCAAAGGCAGUUACAACUCAAUGUACGACUAA